AUGGGAUGCUGUUCUCUUGAGGUUGUGGCUGAACUGUUACUAGAACUGGUCUGUUUAAGUCACAGAAAACAUAGGUCAUGCCUUAUCUAUGGGGGGAAAGCCUUCCCAGAAUUCACCUGUGGUUACCCGUGCUGUGUGUUACUUUGCAAUGACCUCACCUCAGAAAAUGAAGAAGGUUCGCGUUCUUCUGAAACUCCCUGUGGUCACCCGUCCAUCCCGAGGCCAUCCAUGUGGAGGUCUGUUCCAGGCAGAAUUCAAGGGGUCACGUCAAACCCGGCACCUCAGGUUCCACGGAAGGGGGGUCUGGGAAAUUUAACGCAAAGCAUGCGUACCUUGGUGAGCGCCCAGCGCUUGAAAGGGACAGAAAGCCUAAUUCCUACAAUGAUAGCUCGGCAGCCCACAAGCAGACACUAA